AUGGAGUCUGCCGGACAGUGGAGAAAAUCUGCAAUUUUAUUAUUUCAUUUUCUGGUGUUUAAUAGUACAUCCUCUUAUCAACCUUCAUUUGGAAACACAGUGAAUGUGAGCAGCGAGAGGCAGUCUGCAGACAGCGUCUUAGGACAGCAUACGCUUCCCUCCUGGUAUUAUACAUCAAUUGAUGCAGUGCCCAAACAUGACACAGUCAGCAUACGCUCUCGUAACAGAUGGCGAACACAGAUGGCUUUCUCCAAACCUGUUUAUUCAUUUGAAGUGAGAGAAGACACAGUACCAGGAACAGUUGUGGGAAAGGUGGAAACAGCGUUUGAGACUCUCACGCCUAUCACAUACUCAGUGCAGGAGGAUGACGGAGAGAACCUGUUCCUCCUCAGCCCCCUCUCAGGGGAGUUCCUAUUAUCCCGCAGCCUGGAUUUUGAAGCACAAAGCUUCUACAUACUCACUGUGGUGAUCCAGCAGGGGGAUUCACAGGUAUCCAGUGUCAGGGUGUACGUCAAUGUGCUGGAUGUGAACGACAACCCCCCUGUUUUCAGUCAGGAUACCUUUUCUGCUUCAUUGCUUGAAGACACCCGUGUUGGCACUUGCUUCUUGUCCUUGAAUGUGUCUGAUAAAGAUGAUGGUGCCAACGGAGACUUGAAACUUAAAGUGGUGGGUGGAGAUGAAGAGGAAAUGUUCUUCAUAAACCCAACUGGUAGUUUAUGUCUAAACACAGAGCUGGACAGAGAGAUACAACCCCUCUACAAUCUGACUGUGACAGCCAACGACUGUGUCCAGCCUGAGUCUUUACAGUUCACCAGCACAGCACUUGUUAUUGUGGUUGUUGAGGAUGUCAAUGACAAUGCACCGUGCUUUGUGUCAGCCAACACAGUCAGUGUACCAGAGGACACAGCAGUUCAUUCUGUUAUAAUGACUGUACAUGCUAAGGAUGAAGACGCUGGAUACAAUGGGGAAGUUUUAUAUUAUUUAAACAACACCUCUGGUGAUGUGUUUAGCAUUGACAACAGAAGUGGAAUCAUUUACCUGGAGGAGGCAUUAGACAGAGAACAGGAAGAUAUCCUGAGUAUUACUGUAACUGCCACCGAUAAAGGCUCACCCAGGAUGGCAACCACCAUGAAUCUCACGGUGCACGUUAUAGAUGUAAAUGACAACGACCCCGAGUUCUCACAAAGCUCCUACAGUGUGACAGUCAGAGAGGAUAUCCCCAGAGGGUCGAGCCUGCUUCAGGUUCAGGCUCAUGAUCAAGAUUUUGGGACUAAUGGACAAAUGCGCCACAUAUUGACCCAAGCGAGUCCAUUUGUGGUGGAUGCGGUUCGAGGUGUGAUCACAGUCAUGGAUAAACUGGACAGAGAGAGCGAUUCAAACUACACUUUGACCAUAACAGCUGUAGAUCAGGGGAACAUACCCAGAUCUACUACUGCUGCUAUCAGUGUCUCAGUGUUGGAUGUCAAUGACUUUGCACCCCUCUUUAGUCCAGAAACACUGACCAUACAUGUAAUGGAGAAUGAAGAGGACCCCUCUCAGCUAAUACAUCAGUUUUCAGCUUUGGAUGAAGAUUUAGGGGUCAACAGCCAGCUUACGUAUUUCAUACAGAAAGGAAAUAGUGACGGUUUGUUCUCCAUCACUCCCAAUGGCACGUUUCAAAUUUUACACAGCCUGGACAGAGAGAGGGAAUCGUUGUACUCCGUCAUCAUCAUUGCUGUUGAUUCAGGACUGGCGCCUCUAACAGGUACUCUAAAUGUACAAGUCAUAGUGGAUGAUAUCAAUGAUAACCAUCCAGAGUUUACUGAAGAAGUCUACAACACCAUAGUAUCUGAGGACAGUCAUACAGGCACUGUGUUUGCCAUGGUGACAGCAUCUGAUGUUGAUGAAGGUCUCAGUGCGGAUAUAAGGUAUUCCAUGGAGAACAUUGAUGUGCCUUUUGCCAUUGACGAAACGUCUGGAGAGCUGUUUACAACUGAUGUCCUGGACAGGGAGACAGUAGCUAUCUACAGGCUGAUUGUGAUUGGCCAUGAUAAGCAUCCCACUCAGCCUUUGUCGAGCUCAGUGGUUGUUACUGUGCUCAUUGGAGAUGUAAAUGACCACUGGCCCCAGUUUAUGAACAGCCCUUAUGUGGCGUAUGUGCCCACCGAGAUGGCCUCAGGCUCAGUUGUUUGUGCAGUAAGAGCAACAGAUGGAGAUACUGAAAUGAAUGCAGAGCUACAGUAUUCGUUAUAUGGACAACAUUCAGAUCUGUUUUUCAUCUAUCCAGAUAGUGGCACUGUUUUAACUUCAAGUGCUCUCCAGAGAACAGAAGAUAUUGUUGUCAAUGUACAUGUGGAAGAUUCUGGAGAAAAUCCAAAGUUUGACGUCACCACCAUCAGUAUCCGGUUUCAGAAUAUGUCUGAGUUUCCUCAGAUGAAUGUGGAUGUUCUGAAUGAUUCCCUCUAUGAGGACGAGCCAGUGGGAACAUUAGUGGCGGUUGUCUCCGCAGAGAGCAUCAGAGCUGAACCCGUCUCUUUUUAUCUAGCUUCUGGAAACUUUGAAGACAUGUUUCAUGUGGAGCAAUUAAGUGGAGCAUUGACAGUGGAGAACCCUCUGGAUUAUGAGAACAAGAAGGAGUUCACUUUGUUGAUAGAAGCCAGAGACUCUGGUUUGCCGCCUUUCUCAUCAUUUGUAGAAAUCCACAUUAACAUCAGUGAUGUAAAUGAUAACUUCCCUCAGUUCACCCAACCCGAAUACAGGUGUGAGGUUUUUGAGAACUCCCCACCAUCCUGGGUUUGUGAUGUUCUCGCUAUUGAUGCUGAUUCAGGCGAAUAUAGCACAGUGCAGUACAACAUAACAGAAGGAAACACUGAAAAUCUUUUCACAAUUGACCCUGAAAACGGUUUAUUGAGCACCACUGAGAGUUUAGACAGAGAAAAUAUUGCUGAAUUCAAUUUAACAGUUGAAGCCGCAGAGCUAAACAACCCACUUCAUAAAGACAGAGCAAUUGUCAUUGUUGUCGUUUUAGACAGAAAUGACAACGCACCUCGGUUUUCACAGAUAUUUCUCACAGAGGUACCCGAGGAUUCCCCUGUUGGACACACAAUUCUACAAGUCACCUCAACUGAUGAUGAUACAGGUGCCAAUGCAAUAAUUAAUUACUCUAUAAUUGACGAAAGUGAUGAUAUGCCAUUUAAUAUCGACUUCACCACUGGCUACAUCACUAUUGAAAGACCUCUGGACAGAGAGAUGCAGGAUAUUUAUAUCUUGAAAGUAAACGCAAAUGAUUCAGCAUGGAGCAUUAGCACUGACGUCACUAUAGUCAUUGCAGAUGUCAAUGAUAAUAGACCAGUAUUUUCUGAUCAUUUUUACACUGUGGUCCUGCCUGAAACAAAAGACAAAGAGGUGUUUGUUAUGCAGGUUCUUGCUACAGAUGCAGACAUAGGGCAAAACCGUGAGAUUUUGUAUGUUAUUGAAUCACAGAGUGAGGAGUUUUGGGUCAACGCUUCCUCUGGUGAAAUCUAUACAAAGCAGCCAAUGAUGUUACAAAAUUCUACUUUUGAUAUCUACCAGUUUACAGUCACUGCAUUUGAUUGUGGCAGUGUUCCUCUGUACAGUAACGCUACUGUCACAGUAAGACUAGAACCAUACAACUACUACCCACCAAUAUUUUUACCUUUUCCACCUCUGAUUGCUAUACCGUAUUACAUGGCUGUUGGUACUGAGGUGAUCCAGAUUACAGCAAUAGACCAGGAUGUCAAUAAUGCUAGCAGUGUUAUUGAAUAUGACUCAAAUGGUGGUAAUGCAUCUGAUUUCUUCUGGAUCCAAGCGGACAACGGAAAAGUAGUGUUAUAUCAAAGUGUGUUUGAGAGUGAAAAUUUGGUUCUCACUUUAUUAGUUAUUGCAAAAGAUCAGGGCUCCCCCUCUCUAUCAUCACAGGCAGAAAUCACUUUUGAAAUUACUGGAAAGAAUCAAUUUUCUCCAAGUUUCAGAGAGCGAGAUGUCACAUUCUCUGUCCCUGAAGACUUGACGGUAGGAUCGGUAAUUGGGAAAAUUCAAGCAGAAGAUGAGGACUAUGGUCCCAAUGGUGCCAUUAAGUACAGCAUUACCCAGGAAAAUCCAUAUUUACCAUUCUCUGUAGGAGAAGCCUCUGGGCUGCUAAUACUGAAUAGAGAGCUUGACUUUGAAACAGAAGUUAUUUAUCAACUCCAAAUCAAAGCCAUGGAUGGUGGCCGCGUCUCUAAAACUGGAAUGUUAAAUGUUACAGUGGUAGUUAUUGAUGUAAAUGACAAUCCUCCAGUAUUUUCAUCCUCAGAGUACACAACCUCAGUGGCAGAAAAUUUAGAAAUUGGCACAAAUGUCCUAGAUGUGAAGACUACUGAUGCUGACUCAGGGGUAAAUGCACAAAUAUCCUACUCUCUCAUUGCUGGUCAUGUGGAUAAAUUUGCAAUUGAUUCAAGAAAUGGCUCAAUCACCACCUCAGAGGUCUUUGAUUAUGAGCGAGAGCAGCUCUUUGAUAUAACAAUCAAAGCUUCAAACAAUGGUGGUCAUCCAUUGUUUAGUUUGGCACAUGUUGUCAUCCAAAUCAUAGAUAUCAAUGAGUUCACACCUACAUUCAGGAAAAAAGAAUUUAACUUUUCGGUAUUUAAAAAUGUGCCUGUUGGAACGAAGAUUGGAGAAGUAACAGCUACAGAUGAUGACCGAGGCUCUGAAGGUCAGGUGUUUUACCUGAUGUUUGGUCAAAACAAAUAUAUGGGCUUUGAGAUCAACAAACAUUCUGGAGAAAUAUACACGACUGGCAGUUUGAGGAAACAAGGCAAUAGUCGUGUAGUUUUAAAAGUUAUGGCGAAGAACUCUGGUGUUAUUACUGGUAUUGGUGUAGAUGAGGCAUUGGUCCACAUCAGUGUGAUUGACACAAACGAUGCACCUGAAUUCACCUCGACACUUUAUUUGGUGAAUGUCACAGAAGACACCCCAGUUGGGACAUCUGUCUUAACUGUGACUGCUGUGGAUCAGGACUCCGUCUUGGACUGGAAUCGUGUUUUCUUCAGUAUUGAAAGUGGAAACACAAACUCCUCCUUUGCUGUUGAUCCAUCCAGUGGAAUUUUUUUAGUAAACUCUCCACUUGAUAGAGAACUGUUGCCAAUGUAUAAUCUAACUGUUUUAGCCACUGAUAAUGGCUCUCCACCAGCCACUGGGACUACUAAUGUCAUUGUGACUAUUGAUGAUGUUAACGACAACGCUCCCAAACUCACAUUUACUGAGGCAGAAGUGAAGGAAAAUCAGCCUCAAGGUACCAUAGUUGCCAAGUUAACUGCCACUGAUUAUGAUUUGCCACCAAACCAGGGACCUUUCACGUACUGGUUGGUCAAUCCUACAGCAGGUAGUGCUUUUUCGCUGACUACUGAUGGAGUUUUAUUCACUACAAGGACUAUUGAUCGGGAACAAACCUCUGUAUAUCAAGUCCUGGUGGCUGUUAGGGAUGCAGGGAUCCCUCUGCUGUCAUCAACAACAAUGAUCCAGAUCAAGAUUCUGGAUGAAAAUGAUAACCCCUCAUUGCCCAGAAAUAUCUUCAUUGAGGUGAAAUAUUUUGGAAAUUCUUUCCAAGGAGGAAUGAUCGGCAAUGUUGAUCCUGAGGAUCAGGAUGAGUCUGAUGAAUUCAGCUGCGCCAUCAAAAGUGGACCACUUAAUAUGUUUACAAUAGCAAAUAACACAUGUGAGCUGAGGUCGUCUCCUUUUCAAGGUGAGGCGACAUUUAACAUCACUAUUGAAGCUACAGACCACCUUCACUUCCCCGUCAACAACAGCAUCUAUAUAAACUACAAAGGAUUCACGAAUGCCUCCAUAGACAGCUGCAUCUUCUUCUAUGUGUUAGCAUCUUCAAUGGAAGAAUUUUUAACACAUAAGUAUUUGCGGUUUGUGAAAGCUUUGGACAGUCUGUUUAACCUACAGGCUUCUAAGACUCAUGUAUUUGGAAUCAAGCGUAUUGGCAGGGAAAUCCUUCUUUUGGCUGCGGUUAAAAAUUAUAACGGUCAAUAUCUCAGCAGAGAAGUAGCCACUGGUGUCUCUGCAGGCCAUAAGAAACUACUGGAGACUCAGGGUAAUGUGACGAUCUCCCACAUCACAAGUGAUCCAUGUCACACCGGCCCUUGUCAAAAUGGGGCAACGUGCAACAAAAACGUUUACAUCAGUCAGGAUGUUGCUGUUCUGGAAAGCACGGCGGUCAUUUUUGUGUCACCGCAGAAAGAGGUUUUUAAUUGCACCUGCCCAGCAGGCUUCACCGGGACACUGUGUGAAGAUGACAUUGAUGAAUGUGAGGUGAAUCCCUGUCAGAAUAAUGGCACAUGUGUGAAUACUCUGGGAGGUUUCUAUUGCCACUGUCAGAGUGGCUUCUCUGGCUUUGUCUGUUCUACUGAUGUAGACGAAUGCCUGAAGCUAAAAUGCCAAAACGGAGGAACUUGUAUUCCCACUCAGGAUGGAUAUCGCUGUCAGUGUGUGCCUGGAUUUGAAGGAGAAGUGUGUGCGCAGAUCACGGACCACUGUAGAUCAACUCCCUGUGUUCAGGGAAGCUGCACCAAUUCACAGGCAGGGUUUUCCUGUCAGUGUCCCUUUGGCGUCAGUGGAGUCCACUGUGAGGACCACAGUUAUGGCUUUGAGGAACUGUCCUUCAUGGAGUUUCCCCCGUUGGACCGCAGGACUAAUUUAAUUUCUCUAGAGUUCGCGACAGUGCAGAGGAACUCUUUGCUCCUGUACAACCCUGGAGGAUCGUCCAGCAGAGAGUUCUUUGCCCUGGAGAUACUGGACGGGGCAAUACAUCUGUCUUAUGACCUGGGAUCAGGACCUGUAAGGCUGCAGACAAACAAGCAAGUGGCAGAUGGAUAUUUUCACAGUGUCACUGUCAGGAGGAUUGGCAAUAUGGGUUCUUUGCAUGUGGACAACUGCACAGAUGUUGAGAACAAUGGAUUUUGCUUUUCACACAGUGAAGGCAGAAGCUUAGCGAGGACACUAGACGUUGGCAGUAAUAUGACAUUUGGAGGUCUGAGGACUUUUGAAUCUAUUUUACUGCACCCUGCUCAGAUAAAAACCCAUGACUUUGUUGGGUGUGUCCGCAACAUUUAUGUGAACGGCAUCCUGCUGAGACCUUCAAUGGCCCUUGCAACAUAUAACAUCCUUGAUAGGUGUCCUCGGGCAACACCAUCACCAUGUCACAGCAACCCAUGUAAGAACGGCGGCAUGUGCCAUGAUCGUUGGUCUGACUAUUUUUGUGAGUGCAAAAGCCUUUUCACUGGAAGCAACUGCACUAAAGAAAUGUCAGAAGAGCUUGUAUUGCGAUUUGAUGGGAAUGACUACAUUGAAUAUGUCAUCAAGGAGCAAUUCAAGAGAGACUACCUACUAAAAGACUUGCUGGAUGAUGAAAAAAAGGGAAAUGCCAAAAGCCAAACAGCGAUUAAUAUCAAGUUCAAGACCCAAGAUAAUGGAGUGUUGAUGUUUGUUGUUGGACAGAGAGGAUCCACUUUGCUAAUGAUAAAAGACAGAAAGCCUGUGUACAUUUCCAAAUAUACACUGUCCGGACGCCUGUCAGAGUUCACUGUGGAUUCUCCCGUGACUGACGGAGUGUGGCAUGUCCUCUCCUUGGUCAGCAAUGGACAGAACACCUUUCUGCUUCUGGAUGGUAAAGCAGCCUUGAACAUAUCCGAGCAAAGUAUGGAUCUCACUCCUGCUAGUGUGGAAAAGAUUAUUUUUGGUGCAGCUGUGACUGAUUCAAAUCUCCAACAGUCAGGCUUUACUGGAUGUGUGCAAUAUUUCAAUGUGACCGGUUACACUCUGCCUGUCACUGGACACAGUGAGAUGGUGGACGUCUGGCCUAGUUCGACUCUUGUCCAGUCGAGCUGCAGUUCCGUGGAUGACUGCUUUCCCUCGCCCUGCUCUGAGGAGGCCAGAAGAGGUCCAAACCGGUGGAGGUGUGGACCCACUGUGCAAAACAGGUCCUGCAUCUGUUUACAUAACGUGUCUGACCACACCUGUGAUAUCUGCAUCUCUGACAAAGAGAGUCAUGAUCAAUGCUCUGAGGAGCGGGAGCAGGGCAGUUUGCCUCUGUGGCUCAUAGCUGUGGUUCUCCCUGUAAUCUCCAUCCUGGUGUUUAUAGGAAUGUGUGUUGUCCUUUACAGAGUGAGGCGGAAGAAUGCAAAGCAUCGAAGUGAUAAUGUGCCACAGAAAACAGAGCAAGGGACAGACAAUGUGCUGUUUUGCUUUAAUGACAACCUAACUCUGACAGGUGCUGCAUCUGCAGGAAAACAGACACAACAUGACCCAAUGAGUGCUGAUCAGCAGAGAUUAAGUGUGGAGUUUUACUGUGAUGCCAGUCUGUCAAAUGUUGAGCCAGUGCCAAACAGUGAGCUGGACUAUUAUGAAAUCGGCAGCAUCUCUAGUGCAUUUCAUUCAGACACUGCCUCACUGCAGCUCAGCUGGACCAAACAUUUGUACAGCGCAAAGUGUGUGAAAUCAGAACCUAAACGGUGGGCAGACUUGAGGAUGUUGAUGGCUGGAUUUAAGAAAGAUAGUUCCAGUGAAGAGAAGGCAAAAAGUCCUAUGAAGCCUCUGGAUAAGCAGUUGUUAACUGAGACUGAUGCGGAGGAGCCUUGUUACAGGAAGGUGUUCCUGGAGCCUGUGCAAUACCUCACUUUUGAAGAAAUCAGGAAAAUUACCACUCCACCGGAGCAAAAAAUGUCACAUCGAGCAUCUCUAAGGUCCAGACCUGCCAAGUGCAUCACGGUGAUCGAUGUCUCAUCUGACAGUGAAACAGACAGCACAUUCACUGGCGUGGAGUCUGAGUGUGGACAGUUUUCUCUCAUCAGAGCCAGGAAAUAUAUCCAAGACCAAUCAUCCCUGUCAGGGUGCAGCUUCAAACAACAACGCAUUUUGCCUGUCAGCUUAUUCUUAAAUCACACCUGUCAGCCUGCUGCAGGUCGGCACAAAGCUGAGAGUUCUCCAUCCGGUGUGUUUGAGCAGUGGGAGAAUAUUUUAAGUAUGCACCUGCCUUUCAGCCGCUAUGCUCCUGUGUUUGAGGAUAUUGCAAAUCUGCCCAGUCAACCCAAUCACAGCUACGAUAUGCAAAGUGACAUAGAGGCAAUUAUUUAAUGGUUAAUAGUUGCAGAUAAUGAGACAGACAGGAAAAAAAUAUUUAUGCACUCUAAUACUUGAAUGUUGUUGAAAUGAUUUGAUCUAAAUCAAUGACAUGAGCUUUAGUUUGGACUUUGACCAGGUUCUGCACAAGCAGUGAAUAUUUUUCACUUGAACCAAAAUCUUUUAUCUUUUCAUUUAGACUUCUGAUUAAAGUUUAUUUUUAUAUCUUCAGAGCAGCCAGAGGAUCUAACUGGUAAAGUCAGCCACGUUAAAUGUAAAUGUCACAUUAAUUAUUCAUAUGUAUAUCUGUUGUCUCCUGUUUCUUCUUGUGCAUUGUUUGAUACAUGAAUAUUGA